AUGGAAACAAAGACAGAAGAAGAACUAGUAGUCGUACGACCUGAAUUGAUUCAAUGUCCAGAGCUUUUGUUUACGGGAGUGGAGCUUGAAAAACGCACGCCAUUGAGUCUAUUACAUAUGAAAGGGAGACGUUUUGAGUCGCCAUGGGAGCCCUUUUUCGUUGGAAUUUAUGCCCAUUCGCUCUUUUAUUUUACGAAUCUUGGUGACUGGCCUUGUGGUGUCGUCCCUCUCUUUGAUGCUACUGUGAAAACAGUAGAUCGUAUCUAUCGACAUGGAGAUAUUGCUACUGGAGGUGACGAUUGCGGUCCGUGCUGGAAACUCACGUCUUCCAGUGGUCGAGUGCUGCUAUUCCGUGCAUCGUCACAUGAUGCGCGCGUAGAGUGGAUUGAACAGGUGCGUCAAGCUUCGAUACAUGCUGGGGGGUUCAGGAGGAGCAGUAUGGAUGGGAAGGCAGCGCUCGCUUUGGCGAGAAGAUUGUCAAGGACGACGAGCUCGGCAUCGUCGGUGUCGACUUCAUUGCAGUCGCCAAGACAGUUGGAACAAACAGAAAUGCUGCGAGAUGCUCUGCGGACGGUGGAGAAACAGAGACACGAGAUUGAGGAGCUGCAGAAGCUUUUACACAAGUGUAGAGAAAAUGGGAUGCAGAUGGAAGAAGGAACGCAAGAAAUUCAAGAGCACACAGGAAGUGAAGAGGGAACAGAGAUUCGAGAAAUGAGAGGUAAUGGUGACAUGGAGCGAGGUGUCAUGAAGGAAGAGGGCGGAGAGGAUCGAAGUGAAAUGAGCAACGUUGAUGAAGAAAUUGAUAUUUUUGCGAUACUGGAUGGUACUUCCAUCGAAAUAUGCAAGGAUUCUCGAGCUUCCGCGAUUUCUGAUGUCCUUUCAGAAGAUGACGAUACAUUACUAACUGAAGACGAAGAUAACGUGGAAGAGGAGGAUGACAACGAGGACGUACAGGAUACUGGGCAAGGCGAUGGAAGGAACAACAUUCUGAGCUUGAGCUUAGUAAAUGAGUUGACGGAAGCUUGUGUAAGUCAUGAAGACGGUCAGGCUGGUGAAAUCAACCCAGAUGAAGAAGGAAUGUGUGAAACUCAGUCGCUUUCGCCUCGUAAGAAGACGGCUAUGUUAGCCCUAAAAUCUCCCGAGCAAGAGACUACCUCCAUAAUGGUAGCUUCGAGACAGAAGCCUGAACGCUUAAACUCGAAUGCGUCCUCAUUGAGUGCCGCAUUGAUAGAUUGCCAUAAUGCAGCGGAAAAUAAAUCAAUCCAGCAGCAAGUAGCGGAGUUGGUCGAAAUGGCGCGCAAUUUGAACAAAGAUGACGCUACCGACUCAUCUUCGGCACAUGGAAGUAGUGAGGACGGCUCGCUGACCCCCAGUCGUAAAGGAUUGCAGAGUGGUGCAGGUAUUUUUGAUUCGAGUGCUGGUGCUGGAAAUGACUUUUUGCAGCUGCAAGCUAUGGAGCUUGCCGAGAUUGCCCGCAAUUUGCAGUCUUCGUUCCGGGCUGAUCCCAUGCCAUCGAAGGUUCCUUUGAAACCAACCUUAAGCUCGUCAUCGCUUGUCGGAUCUCAAUCUUCUUUUUCUGACGUGACAGACUUUGGCCUGAAUCAAAUCAACUCGAACGGCAGCAAUGGCAGCAUUUUCUCCAUCACGCAGGACGAUCUGUACUUUGAUGAGGACGAAAAUGGCGAGAUCGAGCGUCUGUCCGAGUUUGAUGCGUCGGACAAUCAGUUUUUGGAAGCGAGUGGGUUCCUUGACUCUAUCCAUCAGGUCAUGAAGGACUUUAUUGUAUCGACCCAGCCAGAUCCGUCUCGUCAACCGGAUCUGUUAGUCAUUGACGACGAAAGUACUGCUGAAACUCGACAAGAAACUGAUGCGAGUUCAUCAAAGGUUGUCGAUAGUUUUAAGGAAGCUUACAGACAGCGUCCAUUUCGAACGGAUUCGCCUGCUGCUGAGUCAUCAAAUGUAACAAGUCCAAGGAUGCCUGCUAUCUUUUCUCAUACUAGAUCGGCACAGGACAUCUUUAAUGGAGACAUCGAUGCUUUGUCGCAAUCACCGAAGGAUCUUCCAUCACUGGUCGUCGAGGACACAAUGUCGGUUGUGGCUUCCAUUCUGCAGAGCGCGGGGCGAGAAGAUAAAAUGCUUUUGCUGUCUCCAUUCCUCCGCGUUUUUGGAAGUCGCAACCACCUCAGCCACCUUAUCCGCUGGGCAAUCGAGAUUGAAGUUGCUUCUGUCAUCAACGUGGCAACGCUUUUCCGCUCGGACGAUUAUGCGAGCCGGUUAGUUUCGACAUACAGCAAAGCAAUUGGAUCAAAAUUCAUCCGUGUAGCUCUUUCGGAGCCCAUCCGUCAAAUAUGUAAGUUGAAGAUUGCCGACAUGGAGCUGAACCCGCACAAGGAAGAGUCGCUAAAGGAUGAGGCACAAGCCGAUUCGAACGCCGCUAACUUGAUGCGGACAUGCCAAAACAUUAUUGAUUCGAUCAUGACGAACGCCAACUAUAUUCCGUCGUCGUACUUUCACAUUUGCUCCCAUUUGAACUCGAAGGUUAUCAGUCGUUUUGAUGGCUCAAAGGAGGGUGUUGAGGCAAAGGACGCAUCUACAUUGACUCGGUCGGUGAUUGGAGGUUUUCUUUUUCUUCGCUUCGUUUGCCCGGCCAUUACCACCCCGCAUCUGUAUGGACUUACAAAACAGCUUCCUCCACCUGAGACGCGCCGUGUACUCGUGCUGGUCACGAAGCUGUUGUUUAAGACAGCUACUGGUGUGAAAUUUGGAGACCGAGAGCCCCAAUUCAAGGUUCUUAAUCCAUUUAUUGAAAAGAAUUCUCCAGCAAUACAACAGCUCUUUGCUAACUUGGCCAUGUCUCCAAGUCAAGAUAUUGACGAAUGCUUUGCUUCUGACAGCCGCAAGAUCUAUUCCCACGUAUCAUCAUCGCAGUUGGUCGAGGAUUUAGAGGUCAUCAGGUCUAUCUCGGAAAAGAACCUCGAAGAUAUUGAGAAGAAGUUAGAGGAAUGUGAGUGUCAACCCGAGGUACUGGAGAGUUUCAAGACGGCCGUCCUGACCAGUUCCGACCCUCAGAAAAGCUCGCUGACAAAGAAACUUAGUGCCAACAUGAAGUUCCUCAGUGGCUUUGGCAAGAAACCCAGGACAAGGAAACAGUCCGAUCAGUAA